AUGAGCAUGCCAUCCCCAGAUCUCGAAGGGGGAGAGCAGAAGGAUGUCUCAACCCAAUCUGAAUGGAAGUGGGAGGACGAUCCUGAGAACCCGUACAACUGGCCAGCAAAUUUGAAAUUUCGACAAGCCUUGAUGAUAUCAUCUGCAGCAUUUACAACGUCUCUUGGAACAUCCAUCUUGACACCGGCGCACUCACAAUUCAUGGAGCAAUUUAAUGUCGGGAGUACACUUGCCAUCCUGCCAUUAUCGCUUUAUGUAUUUGCCCUGGCAUUGGGACCAGUGGUUGGAGGACCGCUUUCAGAAACCAUCGGUCGAUACCCGGUAUACGUCGGCGCGAUGGUAUUUGGCAGCCUAUUCACUCUAGGCGUUGGGUUCAGCAACAAUAUCGCGGCUGUUUGCAUAACACGGUUCUUUGCGGGACUUUGCUUCGGCCCCAUAUUAGCAAUCGCUGCGGGGACUAUAAACGAAACAUGGAGACCUGCUGAGCGGGCAGUUCCAUCGAUAACCUUUGUGUUGACACCGUUUUUGGGUCCGGGCAUAGCGCCCGUUAUUGGUAGCUUUGUUGUAACCCGGAAGGGUUGGCGCUGGACGCAAUGGACUUUAUUGUUUUUCGCAAUCUUCACUAUGAUCACGACGAUAUUUGCUCAAGAGACAUUCCAUCCAAUUCUCAAACGGCAGCGCGCCAAACGACUCGGUCUACCCCUACCCCCAUCAAUACCACUGUCAUCAAGAAUUCAGUUGUUUGUUACGAUCGCUCUCAUUCGACCAAUUCAAAUGCUCUUCACCGAGCCAAUCGUGGCCUUCAUUUCAUUAUAUGUGGCAUGUGAAUUUGCCACGCUUUUCUCCUUCUUCGCUGCAGUUCCUCUGGUGUUCCAGGGCGUCUACAGAUUCGACCUUGAAAAGUCAGGUCUGGUAUUCCUAGCCAUCGUGGUUGGGUGUUUCUUAGGCGCUCUUACGGUUUUGCUGUGUGACAUAUUUUUCUACCGUCCAAAGUCAGCAAAUUACCCUCAACAUCAAGCGCCCCCGGAGUUGCGGCUAUACCCAGCUAUGAUCGGGAGUUUUGGAUUGCCUAUUGGUCUGUUCUGGUACGGCUGGACGGCCAGAGUUGAUAUCUCGUGGGCCAGCCCGACCGUGGCAGUCAUGCUUUUCGCAUGGGGCAAUUUGUGUGUUUUCAUCGGUACAACUUUGUAUAUAGUUGAUACUUACCGGGGGAACACGGUCGCCAGUGCUGUGAGUGCAAACAGUCUGGCUAGAUAUGGACUUGCGGCUGUGUUUCCACUGUUCACUAUUCAAAUGUUUACGAAACUCGGCAUUGCGUGGGCUUCCAGCUUGCUUGGGUUUAUCGCCAUCGCGCUUCUGCCGGUGCCUUGGGUAUUCUUUAUGAGCGGGCCAAAAUUGAGAGCGUUAAGUAAGUUUGAAGAGCUUGAGCCUUCGGAGUAG